AUGGCCGCGAAUCGCGGCGGCGUGUCAAUGGUCACCCGCAAGCUGAUGCAUGCUUUCGCGCUGCUGUCUCUCGCGCUCGCCGCCACGGCGACAACCCCGAGGCUGCUCGUCGCGGCCGCCGCUGCUCCACCCAGCCCCGAUAAGGCUGCGCUGUUGGCGCUGAGGGACGUGCUGAGACGCAGCAAUCCCGCUGCACUGCCGGAAUGGGGGAACGCCAUGAAUCCCUGUGAUCCCUCUUUGUGGUCCCCUCGCCUCAAAUGCAACUCUGCUAGACGCGUUAUAAGCCUCAACCUGGCGAACGAGCUGCUGAAAGGGCCCAUCCCAGGGAAGCAACUGGCUUCUCUGGCUGCUCUGCAACGCCUCAACAUGGGAUACAACGCACUCACAGGGUUCAUCCCAAAGGAGCUCUCAGCCCUCUCCAACCUCACCUUCCUAUCAUUAGAGUCAAAUCAAUUGAAGGGCUCAGUUCCCGAGUGGCUGGGAUCGCGACUCUUAAAGCUAGUGAACGUCCGUCUCGCCAACAACCGUCUCAAUGGCACUCUGCCAAGCACACUGGGGGGUCUCAAGAAUUUGCAGUCGCUUGACCUCGGCAGCAACCGCCUCUCAGACCAACUGCCGUCCACCCUCCAGCACUGCCGGCUCUUGCAGCAGCUGUCCGUUGCAGCCAAUGCGCUUUCAGGACCGGUCCCAGGGUGGCUUGGAAGCCUCAAGCAGCUUAGAGUGCUUGAGCUUUACUCCAACCGCCUGUCCGGCCGUAUUCCCCCCAGCCUGGCCGGUGCCUCUGCCCUGGAAUCAAUAGCAAUAGACGACAAUCGCCUCUCAGGCCCCAUCCCACCAGCACUCGGGAACCUUCCCAGUCUCGCUGCGCUCUAUCUCGCAAGCAACUCUUUGGAAGGCCCCAUCCCUGCCAGUUUCAAACGCCUCAAGAGCCUCAUGUACCUCGAUCUGAGUUACAACGAGGGCGUCAACGGAUCUAUCCCAGCCUUCCUGGGAAACCUCUGGCUGCUCGAGUCCCUGGCCAUAGAGCACUGCAGCCUGACGGGCCCCAUUCCUCCCUCCCUAGGCGCCCUCAGCCUCCUAGUGGAAAUCUUCCUCUCCUCCAACCGCCUCUCCGGCCGCAUCCCAGCAACUCUCGGGAGUCUAGAGUCGCUGAACAAGCUCUAUCUCAGCCGCAACCGCCUCACUGGGAAAAUCCCAGCACAGCUGUGCCGCCUGUCUUACAGCUAUGAGGUCAAAGUGGCUCGCAAUGAGCUCAAUGGGACGAUCCCGGCUUGCCUGACUGCGCUGCCGCGUCUGACACUGCUUGACGUAUCUCACAACCACCUCACGGGCCCACUGCCUCCCGUCCCGAAGAAAUCCAAUCUCCUCUUCUU